AUGAUUGUAACCACUCGACCGGACUAUGGGUCAGUGGCGAUCGACAUCGGAAUCAACAACGUAGACGGUUUGCAAACAAGAGACCUAGUCAAAUCCUACCUCGAGCAAAUGCCAGCCCUUCGUCCCCUCAUCCUCGUCUUCAAACGAUUCCUCGAACAGCGCGAGCUGAACAAUGCUUCAAAGUCCGGUUUGGGAAGCUACGCUGCCACCCUUAUGUGUAUAAACUUCUUGCAGACAAACCCAUGUCAAAGACCUCGCGAAGUCCUCGACAAUCCAUUCAAAAUGCGAUCAUUGGGGACCAUUCUUUUUGAUUUUCUCAAUUACUACGGAUCGCAGUACCCCCAUGACGAUAGCGUGUACAUGUCCAUCUCCGAAGGCAAGGUUCUCGAAUCCGACUCUGCUGAAACGAAGAAGCUGAGAUUAGAUAUUCGAUGUCCAAUUAGUGGAGGAAACACCGCGAAAUCUUUAGGAGCAAGUUUCCUCAAAGACAUGAUACGCUCGUUCAAGCUCUGCUCCGCGGCUAUCCUUCAAAGCGGGGCUACGGAUAGGAAUGUCCUUGGUCCUGUCGUUUCCGUGGACCAGAAUAUGAUAGACAAAAGGACAUGCAUCCACGACUUUGUUCACUCCGGGAACCUCGAUGAGCUGUGUAACUUCGUCGCCCAAACCACAUCUCGUUGGCAGAACUACAAGUCCCAAUCUGGUAGUGGUGCAUUCGUCAUGCCAGCCCUUUUGCCUUUUCCAGGGAGUGUGGAGAAGAGUGACGAACAGCAGCAGCGAUGUUUUCCCGAGUCUUCAAGGCAUGGGGAUCGUUCGGUGCUUGAUGGCAAUGGUGUGAAUGACACUGCCAAGCUUCCGAGGAAACGGAAACGUCGAAGACGUAAUACCGUAACCAAACCUGAGUGA